AUGGGAAAAUUACGGGGAUUGAACCAAAAGGCAGCAGCGGCCGCUGAGCAGAAACUAGCGAAUCAAAAAGUGAAGGAUGCAGCGGCAGCCGCGACCGCCGAAAAACAGGCUGGAGUGGAAUGGUCAAAGGGAGCCAAUCUUAGGGGACAGCAAAAGAUGGAAGCUGCGGCCUUGAAAGCUGACGAGCAAGCUCGAAAAAAAAGAGAGAAGGCAGUAUUAUUGGCGGAAGAGGAAGCAAAUACUGGUUCUUCUAAGCCCAAGAAAGCACCAACUCUAUCCAAUAAGGGAAAGAAAAAAAACAACGACCUUUCGCUUCUAGAAGAUGCUUUGGUCGGAGCUGCUGAUAAGAAGGUCAAGUCAAAACGAGCAGCAGAGCGACAAAAAGCAGAAAAGCAAAAAACCGAAGAAGCACGAAAGCGAGCCGAGCAGAAACCAGUCGAUCCUCUCUUGGCUAACACACAGAGUAUGAUUCUCGGUACGGAAGACGAAAUGGUGGGCCGAGCCGCCAAUAAGGCACUGGAGGUGGAAGGUGCAGGUGGCAUUGAUAAUGCCCUUAAUGCUUUGAAUACCGGCAGUGCAGCAACAAGUGAACCCACGAAAAAGGCACUCUAUAAAGCUUUUGAAGAGCGAAAGAUGGCUGAGUUGAAAUCAGAGUUGCCAGGCCUGAAGAUGUCGCAAUACAAAGACAAAGUUUUCAACCUUUGGAAGAAAUCUCCGGAAAACCCCAAAAAUCAGCAAUAA